AUGUCGGCACCAUCCUCAUCCGAUCCACGGCCCCCCGUCGAGCCGCCAUCCGCGGCUGAGGGCGCGGGCGCCAGCAUCGAUGAGGCAGGGCAGGGACAAGGGGGAACGGUGAUGGACGCCAUCUUCGCCUCGCUCUUCCAGCCGGGCCUCAACACGACGACGCAGCGCAUCAUGAACUUUUCCUUCUACGGCCUCUUUGUCUCGCUCCUCGCGCUCCUCUUCCUCUCGAGCGGCAACCCGCACGUCAUCGCCCUGCUCGUCCUCAGCGUCGGUCUCUAUGCCGGCGUCAACUGGUUCCUGCACGAGCUCGAGAAUCUACCGCCGAGUGCGCUCAAGAUCCAAGAGAUGCCGCAGGACAGCAAGGAGGCGAAGGCAGAGGGGACUACGGCGACGAUAUCCAGCCGGGAGAAGAAGGACCUCUGA